ACCUACAUCAAUAGUUAUGAAUUGUCUGACUGUAUUGGCUUUGGCGCUAUGUUUGGUGGCCGUACACUGUGUGCCCCAAAAAGUUGACUUAUUCAAUAAGGGCAGUCGUAUUGUGAACGGCGUGCCGGCCACCCAAGAACAGGGUACUCACCAGUGCUCACUGCACGCCGAGGGUUGGUUUGGCAAGAGUCAUAUUUGCGGUUGCUCGCUUUAUGGCAAAAAUUAUGCCAUCACCGCUGCCCACUGUACCGAUGGAUCACAAGCGUCGAAACUGGAGGUGAGAUAUAAUGGUCUUACCCUGAAGAGUUUGGCAGUUAUAAACCAGGUGAAAGAGAUCCGUCAGCACGAGAACUACGACACACCCACCGACAGUAUCGACAACGACAUCACUGUAUUGGUGUUGACCACUGACAUUGUCGAGGUGACCGGCCAAGUGAGCAAGGUCACGCUGGCCGACACGGUGCCCGCCGUGGGCGCCGACGCCCACCUGACCGGUUGGGGUAACACAAAGUCGGGUUCGGGCAGCUCUACGCCAACAGUGCUUCAGUACCAGAAGUUGCAGAUCGUGUCCAACGAAGAGUGCGAAAAGAUUUACAACCAAUUGCCGCAGGAC